AUGAGAGACAACCCAAAUCGUACACUUCCAAAGCUCAUGGUUUGGUUCACCAUCUUCAUCUCUUUUAGCUACAUAUUCUACACUCUAAGAUUCACACACUCUUAUCGUUUAUAUACCCAAAACCCUCUCACCACUCGCAACCAACUCCAACCAAAAUUAUCAAACGUUACGGACUCAGUGCACAAGACUCCCGUCAUUACAGAGUAUGAGAAUCCAAACCGAACACAGCUCAAACAUAUUGUAUUCGGGAUCGGGGGUUCGGCGAAGCUAUGGGAUCACAGGCAGAACUACAUUAAGUUAUGGUGGAGGCCCAAUGAAAUGCGAGGGUUUGUAUGGUUAGACCAGCCGGUAAACAAUGAUACCCAAUACGAUGAUACUUCUUCUCUCCCGCCAUUGAAGAUAUCAAGUGAGAUUUCAAAGUUUGACUACACGAACCCGAAGGGUGACCGGUCCGGGAUACGAAUAUCUCGGAUUGUGUCCGAGAUGGUGAGGUUAGAGAUGGAGGAUGUGAGGUGGUUGGUGAUGGGUGACGAUGAUACCAUGUUUUUUCCGGAUAAUUUGCCUAGGGUUUUGCAGAAAUAUGAUCAUAACCAGUUUUAUUAUAUUGGUAGUACGUCGGAGAGUCAUUUACAGAAUAUAUAUUUCUCGUAUAACAUGGCUUACGGUGGUGGUGGUUUUGCUAUUAGUUAUCCAUUAGCCAAAGCUCUUGCGAAAAUCCAAGAUACGUGUAUACAGAGAUACCCGAAUUUGUACGGGUCGGAUGAUCGGAUCCAAGCUUGCAUGGCUGAGCUUGGAGUCCCUCUCACCAAAGAGAUUGGGUUUCACCAGUGUGAUAUGUACGGUAACAUCUUCGGGUUCCUCGCGGCACACCCGGUGGCACCGCUAGUCUCCCUCCACCACCUGGACUUGGUGGAUCCAAUCUUCCCCGGCGUAGAUCGGGUUCAAGCCCUAGAGCGGCUCAAGUUGCCCACAAAGCUCGACUCGGCUGGACUCUUGCAACAAUCUAUAUGCUACGACCAGUCUAAGAAAUGGACCAUAUCAGUGUCAUGGGGCUACGCGGUCCAAAUAUUUCAGUUCAUAAUUCCAGCCCGCGAAAUGGAAAUUCCUAGGGUAACUUUUCUCAAUUGGCACAGAAAGGCCGAUUACACAGCCUUUGCCUUCAACACUCGGCCGGUUCACGAAGAUGCUUGCGAAUGGCCGUAUAUUUAUGUCAUGUCCAAUGCUCUUUAUGAUCCUUUCAAUAAUCGGACAGCUAGCGAGUACGUUCAAGUUCGAACCCCACCCCGACCACAGGAAAGAUGCUGGUGGAAGAUGGCCGAUCCUUCUCACAUACAAAGAGUUGAGGUUUAUAAGAAACCUGACCCACAUUUAUGGGACAAGUCGCCCAGAAGAAAUUGCUGUCGGGUGUUGCCAUCCAAGAAGAAAGGCACCAUUGCAAUCGAUGUUGGUGAAUGCAGAGAAGGAGAAACCAUUAAUUGACAAAGAAUGAUAAAGCUGUUCCCACACACAAAAAAAAAAAAAAAAAAAAAACUCACAUCUCACACACAAAUUAAAUUAAAAUUCCUUUUAACUGUAAAUUAUAUUAAAGACAAGUUUAUCACAUAUUCUUGUCAAGAUAUAUAUAGACUCCUCCAUUUUAUU